CGGAGGGCCGGAAAGAGCCGAGCGAUUCCGGAAAGAGCCGAGAAGAACCGGAAAGGGCCGAGAGGGACCGGAAGAAGCCGAGUGGGGGCGGCAGAAGACGAAAGGGGCCGAAAAGAGCCGAGCGGGGACGGAAAGGGCCGAACGCUUCCGGAAGGAGCCGAGUGGGGACGAAAGAAACGAAGAGAGAACGGAAAGAGCCCAGCUCUUCCGGAAAGGGCCGAGAAGGAAGCGGGAGAAGCCGACGGGGAACGGAAAGAGCCGAGCGGGGCCGAAGAAAUCGAGCGCUUCCGGAAGCAGCCGAGCGGAAACGGAAAAGACCAAACCGGGGACCGGAAGCAGAAGUCUCCCGCACGGCCGAGCCAAGAUGGCGGCCGCCUGCGAUCACUGCGGGGCCGCCGGCGCUCCGUACACGUGUCCCCGCUGCAACCGCCACCUCUGCUCCCUCGGCUGCUACCGCGGGCACGGGGCCUGCGCCGAGGCCUUCUACCGCGAGCAGGUGCUGCGGGAAUUGAGCUCCCAACCGCCUCCGGAGCCGUCCGACAGGGCCCGGCUGCGGGACGCCAUGGGGAGGCUGCGGGACGGCGCGGGGUGGGGAGAAGAGCGCGGGUUGUGGGGGCGGCUGAGCGAGGAGCAAAAGGCCGAAUUCCGGAGGAUGCUGAAAAACGGGGAGGCCGCCCGGCUGCUGCCUCCGUGGAGGCCGUGGUGGUGGGGGAGGAGGAGGCUGGUGGAGGAGAUCGGGGAAGGGGGAGGGGAAGAGGGCUGGGCGGCCGGGGCGGAGAAGGGGACCAGCAGUAACGGCGCGGCGGCCAUCGAAGGCACAGACAGCAAGGAGGAGGACGGUGUGGCCGAUAAGAGCACGGCCAGCGUGGGCAAUGAGAGGUACGGCAGGGUGGCCAAAAAGGGCACAGCCAGGGUGGACAAGGAGAAAACAGCCAAGGUGGUCGAUGAGAGGAUGGCCAAUGCAGCCCAUGUGGCCAAUGAGACUGAAGCCAGUGUGGCCAACAUGGUUGGUGAGACUGAAGCCGAUAUGGCCAAUGAGAGGACAGCCAGUGCGGCCAGCAGAGCCAAUGAGAGGACAGCCAGCAUGGCCAAAAAAGGCACAGCCAGUGUGGCCAGCAAGGGGACAGCCAGUAUGGCCAGCGUAGCCAAUGAGAGGACAGCCAUUGUGGCCAUCGUGGUCAGUGAGACUGAUGCCAGUGUGGCCAACGAGAGGACAGCCAACGUGGCCAAAAAGGGCACAGCCAAGAUGGCUGACAAGAGCAAAGACUUCACGGCCAACAUGGCUGACAAGAGCGAAGUCUUCGUGGCCAGCAAGAGUGAGAACAUAAGGAAGGAGGAGGAGGAAAGCAAGAAGCUGGAGUGCAGGGACACCAGUGACAAUGGGGGCAGUGGUGGCAGUGGGGUCAGCAAUGACAUUGGGGUCAGUGGUGACAACAGGGUCACCAAUGAUGGCGAGGACGGCGAUGACAACGGUGUCACCAAUGACAAUGGGGUCAGUGGUGGCAAUGGGGUCACCGAUGACAACGGAGUCACCAGUGAUGACGAGGACGGCGAUGACAACAGGGCCAGUGGUGGCAGUGGGGUCACCAAUGACAGCGGUGUCAUUGGUGGCAGUGGGGUCACCAUUGACGAUGAGGACAGCGAUGACAAUGGGGUCAGCAGUGACAACGGUGUCACCGAGGACGGCGCCAACGCCGGUGACACCGAUGGGGACGGCGAUGAUGACGACGCCGGCAUUCCGGGCCCGAUGCCCCCCACCCCCACCUCGGUGCCCCCCCUCAGCUCUUUCCGUGCUCCCACCCCGUCCCCGUUGCUGCGCUUCCAGCUUCCCAACGUUCUCUAUGGUUACGCCUUCGCCCUCAGCCUCCAUGUGGGGGACGAUUCCUUCCUCCCGGAUGUCGCCAUGGCCGCCAUGGCCGUCUCAGCAGCUCUGCGUUGCCGUCGGCCCUUCUCCUCCACCAUGGAGGCUCUGCUGGAUGCCCGGCGCUCGGCCGAAGCCGCCGGUUACCCUCGGUGUCCUUUGGGCGACACUGGUGUCGUCGCGGCCGUGGCUGAGCUGAUGAGGGGACGCAGCCGGCAUCGACCCACCGAGGACGUGGAGACGGCAUUGCAUCACAUGGAGGUGAUGCUGGAGAGGGCGGGCAGGAUGGAAAGUGGGGAGGAAAGGAAAAGGUUGGGCCGAGCGCGGAGGAAAUGUCGCUUCCUGCUGGCCUGGAGUCGGGAGAGAGGAGCGGCUGCGCUGCGGGAGAUGGCGGCUGAAGCGGAGGAGCUGAGCGCCAAAAUGGCGGCGGGGGGGAGGGGGCUGGGGGGGGGGGGAGAGGGAGCAGAGAGAGGAGGAGCCAUGGAGAUGGGAAGCCCAAUCGGCGCGCGGGGCGGCCCUCACUUCCGGCUUCCGGCAGGGAGGCGGAGCGCGAGGGGGCGGGAUCUGUUUCUCCCUCAUUCCAAUCGCGAGCCUCACCGCUCGCGGAUAGCCAAUGGAAAGGCGCGUGGGCGCCGGCGGGCCAAUGGGGGCCGGGAGGCGGGGCCGGAGGCUUCUAGCAACUUCCAGAAGGCGGCGCGCGGCGGCAGGCGCGGAGCGGAGCGGGUCGGGAACGGAGGCGCCAUGGAGGAG